UGAGCCACACCACAGUGGUCUAACGCUUCCUUGAGGUGACUGCCGGCUGCCCUGUGGGACGUUGUAGUCGCUGCAGACAUGCUGUCACUGCUCCAAGCACCAGCUCUGGCAGUCCUUGGGGCUUUGUGUGUGUGUGGUGCAGUUCACCUAGAGCAACCGCAACUUUCCAGCACUAAAGCACUGUCCAAAACAGCACGCCUGGAAUGUGUGGUGUCUGAAGGAACCGUUUCUGCAAGCUCCAUAUACUGGUAUCAAGAAAGGCCUGGUGAAGUCAUACAGCUCCUGGCAUACGUGUUAUCUAAUGACACGGUCAGAACGGCACCAGGCAUUGCGCCAAACAAAUUUGAGGUAGACAAGAUACCUGAAGCUUCCACGUGUACCCUCACCAUUCACAAUGUAGAGAAACAAGACUCAGCCACCUACUAUUGUGCCUCCUGGGAAGGAAAUUACAAGAAACUCUUCAGUAAUGGAACAGCACUUGUUGUCACAGAUAAAAUCCAUGAUGCAGAUGUGUCCCCGAAGCCCACUAUUUUUCUUCCUUCAAUUGCUGAAACAAAUCUCCAUAAGGCUGGAACACACCUUUGUCUUCUUGAGAAUUUUUUCCCUGAUGUUAUUAAGGUAUAUUGGAAAGAAAAGGACAGUGAUAAGAUCCUGGAAUCCCAGCAGGGAGAUACCAUGAAGACUAAUGAUACAUAUAUGAAAUUUAGCUGGCUAACUGUGCCUGAAACGUCACUGGACAAAGAGCACCUAUGUGUCGUCAAACACGAGAAUAACAAAGGAGGAGCUGAUCAAGAGAUUCUCUUUCCUCCAGUAAAGAAAGUUGUCACUGAUAUUCCUUGUUUGAAAGAUGGAAAGGAUGCCCUGUGGCUGCAGCUCACAAAUACCUCUGCGUACUACACCUACCUCCUCCUGUUCCUCAAGAGCAUGGUCUAUUUUGGUAUCAUCGCCUUCUCUUUGGUCAGAAGAACAACUGUCUGCUCCAGUGGGAAGAGAUCCUAACAGAUGUUGGCAGAAAGGGGUCAUCAGGUCAUCUUAUUUUUGUGUUUUUUUUUUUUUUUCCAUUGUCCCGAAAAAUGUCUGCUGAGAAUCUAGCUGGGUUUGCUUUCUGGAUUUGGGCUAUAUUUCCAUGUGUAUUAUUCUAUUAUGUCAUUAUUUUGUGGUGGUUUUUCAAACCAAUAGGCAAACAGAAAACGUCAUCCUGUAACAACGACAGUGUGUUGCCCAGGGCAGCCUUGAGCACAACUCUCUCCACUUUCUCCACCAGCGCCUCCAGCCAGCCCAGGUCAUCCCAGCCUCAGUGUAGACAGCUUGUAGCUCCCAGCCUCACCCCUUAGUGCCCUACAGCCAGUUAACUGCCAGAAAGCCUUCCCUUUACACGCCCUGAAGCAGCCUUCUUUGUGCUGGAAUUCUGUGCUUUAUUUUUUAUAAUAGGCACAAUAAAUUUUAAAAAAAUCAAAAGUCUACUUUUGUCUGUGUGUACUUUAAUUUGAUGCAAUUGAAUUGAAAGUCUAAGGUAAGAAGCAGCAUAGCAAUCGGGCUAUGAAAUUAUGUGUUGCUUGUAUUAAUGGUCUGAUACCACAUUUCUCAUUCUUUCCCUGAGAUAGUGGUUAUGAAUUCCCUUGGGGCACUAUUUCUAAGAGAAGUCACAGCCAAACUAAGUAGCCAAGUUGUUUUUCUUUUAAAGGCCACCAGAUUCAGAUGUAAUUGGUUUGGGACAUUCCGGUGGCAACAGGGUCCCAUCUAAUGAGACUCGCACUGUGUGUGCAGCUUUGCACCCGUGUUUCCCCGGCAUCGUGUUUCCUGAUCCUCACCUUAUCCCCGUGAGAGCUGCACGAACACCAGGAAGACAGCGUGGCUGAGGGGUUAGGCACAUGCACA